AUGGCGGGUGGUAUAGCAUCUCAGGGCAUCUCUGCCAAGCGCGCAGAGCUUGCUGGAGGCAGAGUUGGAUGGCGUGGGCUCGUCCACAGCAAGAAAACCUUCGGUAUUGCGCUGUUUGCCUCGCUCGGUGGCUUAGUCUAUGGAUACAACCAGGGAAUGUUCGCCCAAAUUCUUACGAUGCCGUCCUUUAUUGAUGCGACGCAAGGAUAUGCAGAACACACGGGCACCGCUCAGGGCAUGCUUACCUCUAUUCUCGAGCUCGGUGCCUGGUUGGGAACGCUCGCCAAUGGAUAUUUGGCCGAUGCGCUGGGUCGCCGUGUGACUGUCGUUGUGGCCGUGGUUGUGUUCUGUGUGGGAGUCAUUGUCCAGGCGUGCACGACCAACCCAGACUUUGUUUAUGCCGGUCGGUUUGUCACCGGUCUGGGAGUCGGUAACCUGAGUAUGAUUGUCCCGCUUUACAACGCUGAGCUGGCUCCUCCCGAGAUUCGAGGAUCCCUAGUCGCCGUUCAGCAAUUGGCCAUUACCUUCGGUAUCAUGGUCAGUUUCUGGAUCGGAUAUGGUACAAACUUCAUCGGCGGAACGGGAGAAGGUCAGUCCAUUGCGGCCUGGGAGAUUCCGGUCUGUAUCCAAAUUCUACCUGCGCUCGUCCUGGCGGUUGGCAUGCUGCUGUUCAUGCCGCAAUCACCGCGUCAUCUCAUCAAUCAAGGUCGCGAAGAAGAGUGUUUACAGACCGUAGCUCGUCUGCGCGACGCUUCGGUCGAUGAUAUGCUCGUGCGCAUCGAAUUCUUGGAGAUGAAGGCGCUCCGUAUGUUUGAGGAUGAGACGGCGCGGAAGAAGUAUCCGCAGUACCAGGAUGGGUCAUUCAAGAGUCGUUUCAUGAUUGGGCUGCACGAUUACAUGUCCCUCAUCACGGAUAAGUCGCUCUUCAAGCGGACCAGCGUUGCGUGCUUGAUCAUGGUCUUUCAGCAGUGGAAUGGUAUCAAUGCGAUCAACUAUUAUGCCCCGCAGAUUUUUAAAGAUCUUCAGCUCGGUGGUACCACUACUUCAUUGCUCGCCACCGGAGUAGCUGGUAUCUUCGAGUUCGUUUUUACCAUUCCUGCCGUUCUCUGGGUCGACAAUAUUGGUCGGAAGAAGAUCCUUAUUGCCGGUGGCAUUGGUAUGGCUGUUUGUCACUUUAUCGUGGCUGGUAUUAUUGGAUCCUAUCAACAUACAUUUUCCCAGCACAAGGCUCCUGGCUGGGUUGCUGUAGUAUUCGUCUGGAUUUUCAUCAUCAACUUUGCCUAUUCAUGGGGUCCUGUUGCUUGGAUCGUGGUUUCUGAGGUCUACCCCUUGAGCAUGCGUGCCAAGGGUGUCAGUAUCGGUGGAAGCAGCAACUGGCUGAACAAUUUCGCCGUGGGUCUCUCUACUUCUCCGUUUCUCAGUGCCUCAAACUAUGGUACGUUCAUCUUUUUUGGAUGUAUCACCACCAUCGGUGUAAUUUGGGUGUGGUUCCUGGUGCCCGAAACCAAAGGUCGCACCUUGGAGGAGAUGGACGAACUCUUUGGCUCCGGAGGCAUGGCUGCGGAGGAUGAGGCCCGGAAGCGACGGAUUGAGCGUGAGAUCGGGCUCUUGGCACUCUUGGGCGAGGAACCCGAGCAUCCAACCGAUGAGAAGCUAGCCGAGAAGCCUACGCAUGUUGAUAAUGUGUCGGAGUAG